AAAGUCGCAAACGUAAGUACCCUCCUUAAUUAUGAAAGGCCAUGAGACUCGACCCUUGGCUCGUGCCAUUCUUGCCGACCGCACCUAUGAUAUUGAAUUUUGCGGUUACCUCAGCAAUCAUGCCAAACACGCUAUUAUUGCACUGGAUCGGUUGCAGGCUUCUGAAAAGCGUGUACAGGAAUAUUGGGAUAAAUACACGACCCUGACUCCCUAUAAUCUAGAGCUUCACCGUUUGGAACAAAAUUGGUCCGAUAUUAAACCGGCUUCCCGAACAGAAUGGGAGCACUACCGCGGGCAGAAAUCCAAUUGGCAAGAGCAAGUCGCCUUUAUGCAGCAGGAGUUGAAAGCGCUCGACCAGAACACAGACCAAUUGGUACAAAAAUAUGCACCCAAUUUGCUCUCCGGCAUCGCUGGUGCCCUUACGCAUGGCAUUAUUCAUUUGGGAUGGGCCAUUGAUGCCAGGUCUCCCUGGAUGAUCUGCGAAGGUCUUGCAUACCUAAAUUUCUGCCAUUUGGGCAUUGACGAGUCGGUUUUGCACUCAGACACACACAUCGAGGCCGACCCAAUGACGUCCUUCCAGCGCGUCGCCAACACUUUCCAUACUGAAGAUCUGCAACGACAGUGGAUUGAAGCAACCAAGAACGCAUACGACGAGAGCUUUCACAGAGAGCUCGCCCCCGCCGGGUUUCAGUGGCAGCUAGCCAAGAUCUUGCGAGAGCCGCAUCCGGUCGCAACCCAUUUGCCGACUUGGUUAGACAAAAGCAAUAUUGAAGAAAUCUACGAGUCCCUGUACCAGGCAACCACUUGGUUGUAUAUGGCAACUCGCGACAAACGAGGUCACGGCAAUUUUGUUGUCUUACACGCUCUUACGUCUUUGUGGGGCUUAGAACAAACAUGUCGCGUUCUUGAGAAAGGCACAGCUGGGAUGGAAGACACCAUACGUAUUGUGGUCAAACAGUACUACGCCAGUUUGAUAUGUUUGUUGUGUACGGCCGGAAAAGGGUUUCCAACAGAAGCUGCCUUGAAGAAGAUACAGGUGACAUUCGCAUCAACCAAGAUUGAUCCGGUCGAUACGGACUGGUCCGGAGUUGUCAGUAUGGGGAUUGCAGAAAGCGAGGAACAUAACAUAAAGCUUGUCUAUGUCAUGAAGGAGCUUUGGAACCGCUAUGGACGUUGGCACGGAUAUCUAGCAGCAGCCAAAUCUUUUACAGUUACACCAAAUAUUGGUCCCGGCGAACCUGCCUUUUCUGUGGACAGCAAAGAUAGUUGA